AUGACACCUGUCCACGCCAGUACCUCUCAUCACUCCCACCCGCGACGGUCGCAUCGUGCUCUACUAGCUAGGAUCCCGCCAAAAGGCCAAAGUCCAUGGCAGCUGUCACAUUCACAUUCCAUACCAGCGCUGAAAGAGCACGAGGUCCUCAUCAAAACCUCAUAUGUGGCGUUGAACCCCUUCGAUUGGCAGGGUGUAGCUUUCAAGUAUGGUAUUGGUGAAGAAGCCAAGGUGAUGGGUAGAGAUGGGGCGGGAGAAAUCGUCGGUGUAGGGGAAGCAGUCAAGAGGUUUAAGCUAGGCGAUAGGGUGUGGUUCUGUGCAAACUCGUCUGCAUCGCACACUGGGGCAUUCCAGGAGUACUCUGUGCAUUCUGCUUCGGAAGUGGGACAUACUCCGAACCAUAUAGCAGAUCAGGAAGCUGCGACACUCGGUACUGGUCUGAUAACCGCUGGUGUAGCUCUGUUCAAGACUCUAGGCCUCUCAUUGGAGUCGCUAUCAAGCACAGAAAAAAAACAAAGGGAGGAGGACGCAUCAUGGGUGCUGAUUUGGGGAGGUUCGGGUAUAACAGGGGUGUAUCUGAUCGAGCUAGCUCGUCUGCUUGGAUAUAGGAUAAUAUGCUCCGCAUCACCGGUGAAUCACGAUUACAUCAAAUCAUUGGGAGCAGAUGUGGUUUUAGAUAGGUGGUCGGAUCCCAAUGACCUGGUAGAGAGGAUCAGAGAGGCGACUGAAGACAAUGUCCGCAUUGCCAUCGACAACGUUGGAAGUGCCACUGCUACGCUGUGUUAUCAAGUGCUUCAAGGAUCGUCAACCUGGCGGAAAAUACACGAUGUAUCAGUGACCGGAGAAGGACAGUAUUCAUCAAAACUCGUACCACUCGCGGGAUCACCGAAAGAGCCUAAAAACAAGUCUGACGGAAUCCGAGAAGUAGAAUCCUUGCGUAUCAGUUUUUCUACCACCUUUUACGGUCACCCAGAAUUCAGUGAAGCCCUGCUGGAUCGUUUCGACAAGCUACUUCAGAACAAGCUGUUGACUCCUGCUAGGAUACGAUUGGUGGAAGGGGGAUUGCACGGUAUAGAAAAAGGAUUAGACGACUUACGGCAUAGUCGUGUUCAAGGUGGAUACAAGUUGGUAGCUCGAUUGGCGGAUACUCCGGAAGAACUAUCCGUUGGGAUCAAGAGGACUAGAGAGUCAGAUGCCGAAAUGAAACCUGAGAUUGGCACGAAACGGGUCAGAGGCAACGAUGAGGAGAAAGAAUAUCAUACUUCAAAGAAACCGAAAGAUACGGAACCGACGAGUGAUCAUCAUGAGCACAUCAAGACCACAUCACGAUCGAUCAUUGCAGCUUAG